UUCAUGCGUGACCUCUUUGUCUCUCUCCCUCUCUCUCGCUCUCUCUCUCUCUCUCUCUCUCUCUCAGUAUAUGACUGAGCUUAGCUCUCUUGAGUAAAAGCCCAAAUGGCUCUUGUGGUCCGCAUACUCACUAACUGUCCUUUUCAUCGCCUCUAUAUCUGAAUCUUGCCCUUCUCUUGUUCUCUUGCCACACCAAUCUUUUCUUUCUUCUCCAAGAAAAUGGAAUCGCCCAAAUUUGGCGAGGACAAGAGGAGCUUGAAGGACCAGAAGAUGGAGGACGAAGAUUUGGAAGAGGAGGAGGAAGACGAAGACGAGAGCAGCGAAGCCGAUAGGAAGAGAUCGAGGUCGGCCACUAGGUCUAGCAAGAAAGGCGGAUCAUGCAGCGGAUAUGCGCCACCGCAGUUGUGCCAGGCGGAGAAUUGCUCCGCCGACAUGGCCGACGCCAAGCGGUACCACCGCCGGCACAAAGUGUGCGAGGUCCAUGCCAAGGCCCCAGUCGUCGUGGUCGCGGGUCUCCGGCAGCGGUUUUGCCAACAAUGUAGCAGGUUCCACGAGCUGUCAGAGUUCGACGAAGCCAAAAGGAGUUGCCGGAGGAGGCUGGCUGGGCACAACGAGCGGCGGCGCAAAAGCUCUUAUGAUUAUCAAGGAGAAGGCUCAAACUGAAAAAUAAGAAGCAAGACUUUUAUGAAGCCAGAGUUAGAGCAAGAGGGGAAGAAUCUCUUCCCCUCCUCAUCAAAUGCUUCCUUUUACAAUCGAAUUGGGAUCGAAUCAAGAUCCAAAUUUCAGUUAUGUGAUUUCUAAGCAUGCUCUCUCUCUUCUGUCAAUUCUUGACCUUUCGAAUGCUACGAUGUUUAAGCAAUAUUCUUAAGCUAAGAGUAUGCUUCAAGUAUCAUUUUGGCCA